CGUCGGUCUUGUUCAUUUCUGUUCUGUUGACUUUGGGCACCGCCACCGGCCUGCCGCUUAAUUAACAAACAGCGAUAAGGAGGUCUGCCGUUGUCCUGGAACAAAAAAACAAAAACAAAAAAAAACCCUUAUCAGUGUGCACUGACGCCAGUGAUGGGAAGGCCGUGCGUUUGUGUGUAGACGCAUUUUCACCGAUGAAGGGAAGAGUGUGUGAGAGUGAGAUUUGCGGUUAGUGUGCGUGUCGCUCCUGUCCUCGAGGGUCGCCCACGCGCCGGAACAAAAAGCUCAGUGACUUUGGCUCGGGGGGUGUUUUCGGCAAAGGCGACCGCCCGAGAAGAGCCAGCGGCGGCGUGUCACCCGGCGACGAUGGCCGCGCGCAGCGGCAACGCGACGGCGCCGGGCGUGCCGUCGGACGGCUCUUGGCCACUGCGGGCGCUGGUGUCAACGGUGUACCUCGUGGUGUGCGCGGCCGGACUGCUGGGAAACCUGCUGGUGCUGAUCCUCGUCAAGGGGGCCCGGGGGCGGCACGCCGCCGUCAACGUGUUCAUUUGCAACCUGGCGGUGACGGACCUGUGCUUCGCGCUGACUUUGCCCUUCUGGGCGGCCGACACGAUUCUGGACUUCAGCUGGCCCUUCGGUCACACGAUGUGCAAAGCGGUCCUGAGCGUGACGGUGAUGAACAUGUACGCCAGCGUCUUCUUCCUCACCGCCACGAGCGUCGCCCGGUACCGCUCUGUGGCGUCGGCGCCGCGGCCGAAGGCGGGCACGCGUUGGUCGGCCUGGGCGGCCGGCGCGCUGUGGGCGGGGGCCGCCUCGGCCACGGCCCCCGCCGCCGUCUUCUCGACGGUGCGGCGCGUGGCCGGGGAGCGCCUGUGCCUGCUGGGCUUCCCGGAAGGUGGCACCUGGCUGGCGCUGUACCACCUCCAAAAGAUCCUGCUGGCCUUCGUGGUGCCCCUGGGCGUGGUGUGCGCCUGCAACCUGCUGUUGCUGCGCCUGCUGCGCGCGCGCGCUUUGGCCGGCGCCAAGCGGCUGCGACGGCGCGCCCGCGUCACCCGCUCCGUGACCGUCGCGGUCCUGUCCUUCUUCCUCUGCUGGAUGCCCAACCAGGCCGUGACCCUGUGGGGCGUCCUGGUCAAGUUCAAUCUGCUGCAGUGGGACCACGCCUACUACAUGGCGCACACGUACGCGCACCCGCUCAGCGUGUGUCUGGCGCACGCCAACAGCUGCCUCAAUCCGCUGCUCUACUGCCUGCUGCGCCCGGAUUUCAGAUGCCGCCUCAAAGAGAUGUUCCGGAAGGUGGCGUCGCCCGCCGGCGCCGGGGGGAGCCCCGGUCCCGCCGCGGCCCGAGACGCAAACGCCGUCGGGAUUCCGCUCGACAACUUGGGCCACGCCGAAAGUUGCUAACUGGCGGGACUCGCGUAACGUGUCGCGUGACUCUCCUUUGUGUUUCGUUCUUUGGAAGGUUUUUAUGCGUUGCUGCUUGGUCUGUGUUCGAGUAGCAGUCCUUUGAAGGUUUGCAACUACUCUCACAACUGUGCUGAUUUCUGUUAGCCCGUCUAUGGCAUGUCAUCAAGUUGGACAAAGUCAUACGGUUUGCUUUCACAUUUGAUUUUCCUUAUUGUGUUCAGGGUCAAAGGUCAGUUGUAAGCCCAUCUUGGCCGAAUAUGGGCAAAAAGGUGCAAUGAAUAAAAUAGCCUGACUGCUAAUAAGAGAAUCAGCCACGUCAAUGGAUGAAACCAGCCCCAAAAAGGGGGAGAGAAAAUGCACCGUAAUGACGUUUUUCUCCCCCGCUUUUCGUACAUUUCUCAAAUCGGUCGGCUUCAACAUUUCCAAAAUAUUUGCACAAAUAGCAAAACAUUGAUUGCCUGCCAAAGUGGGUCUCCCGCUCAAAAUCAUGGUUUCACCUGUCAAAAGGAAAUCGUGCCAACGUGUUUGCAAACCGCGGAAAAGAAAGAAAAUGUGAGCGGCUCCGUCCGCUCGCAGGUCGGAUAAAUGAGGACAUUUUGCUUGACACGUUGCUCAACCAUGGGAAUAACAAAUGGCCAAAUGUUGUGGGGGCUGAACACAAAACAUUUUGAUCACCGUGACAAUAAAAACACGGAAUUGUGCACAAUCUUUUUUUAUUGAUGUGAAAAAAACGCUCGCCACCUGUUCACAAAAUUUUGUUUGGCUUUUUGUAAAGAUUGAACACGUAGUUUCAAACGUUUCCAUUUUUGAUCUGAGAAAUACCAGAGCGAUUCAGCAAAAACUCAAUUAGAGAAUUUGAGGGCACUGAAUCAAUCAAGAUUUGGAGUGGUUCCUUCGCUGAUGUCCUCAGAGAAUGAAAUGAUUUGGAGGACAUAUGAGAAGCCAUUUCAACCAAGCAGAAAUCAAGUCGUGAAAGUGUUGCGCAGAGGAGGGGAUCACUUCACAAUGUUACAAAAUAAAAGUAUCACUCAUAUUCAAGUGUUUUCAAACCGUAGCGGCGCGUCAUCCCCUGGAAGAGUGUGGGGGUAAAAAAAAAAACAACAAAACAAAACAAAAACAACAAAACCAAAGAAGGAACGGAGUAGUGUGACUUAUUUCCGGUCGGACGUAUUUUCCCGUGGACUUAACUUCUGGCAAGUCCUUCGCUAGCCAGAAGUUUGUUUUCGGGUCUUGUUUUUAUGUUUGUCCUGACGACAUUGGACAAUUUUUAAGUAACCACAAACACAAGAGCGCGCGGUUCGUUUGACGGCUAGGAAGACGUGUGCUUGCUUUUUUUUUUUU